GCGACUGAAUGCAGAAUUAGAAGCAAAACCAGAAAAAUUAGUGCGUCAAGCUGAAGAAGUAAUGAAGGGCCAACAACAGUCUAGACCAGUCUCAGUACACACUAAGUCAUGUGGAGACGACAGACAGAGAGAUCCACUCUGUCCUGAAGUUUCAUCUCUUAUACAUUCACAUGCCAAGGUAUGAAACAAGAAGAAAUGUGCUUCCGUGCCCACGGCUCAGAACAGACUGUACUCUGGAAGUAAAGGAAAAAGAACAACUUCAAGUUCAAAAAUAAGAAACCUGGAAGUACAAAGUGCUGAUGAUGUUGCAGUACUGGAGGACUGCAUAGAUUUUUCCUUAGCAAAAGCAAUAAGCAAAAUUGAAGAAAAACUAGAGGAAGGAGGCUUACCAGAUUGUCUAGAUGAUGGUAUUAUUCCAAGCAUUGGAAAUGAAAUUGGAGCAGAAAUUCAAAAUAGAUUUCUUAAGGCAAAGUUACGUGUUAUGCAGCAAGAGCUGGACAGUGUAGUGUGCGAAUGCAGGAGAAAGGAUGAUGAAAAUCAGAAUUUAAAAUCUCAGCUUAAAGAUUCCAAAGAAGAAAACACCAGACUGCAACGAACAAUCAGUAUGCAACAUUGUCAGACUGAAAAGUACAAGAUGUUGUCACAAGAAGCAAACAAAAAAAGUGAAGGGUUACAACAAGAGGUCAUUGCGCUAGAAAAGGAAUUGGAGAAUCUAAAGCGUGUACAAAAGCAGGCUGCAACCAGUCAGAGCGCAACAGAGGUUCGCUUAAACAGAGCCCUGGAAGAAGCAGAAAGGUAUAAGGUGGAGCUGAAUAAACUGAAGCAAAGUAAUAAGGAUGUAGUUAACCAAGAACUCAAAACAAUUGAAGAAUUAAAAACAGAAAACAAGAAACUGCAGAAGCAAAAAGGAGAGCUAAUAACAGGCUUUAAAAAGCAGUUAAAGUUAAUUGAUAUUUUAAAGAGACAAAAGAUGCACAUCGAAGCUGCUAAGAUGCUUUCUUUUACUGAAGAGGAAUUCAUGAAAGCUCUUGAGUGGGGAAAUUAUUGA